AUGUCCGGGGAAUCAUCCAGAUAUCGCCGGACUACUACUUUGAGAACUUUCUUUCCAUUCAUUCAACGGCUGUGCAAGCUCGUAUCUGGACCUGGCAUUGCAAACAACGCACUCACUUGUCUGGAUUGGCGACCUGCAUCCUUUGCAGUUGCAGAUAGCUUGAGACAACUGGGAAUCCUCGGGAAAGUGCUUGAGCACAACGGGGUCGUUGAGCUUGAUGUGUGGGCCAACGUCAAGAUUGAGGGGUCUCAAGGCAUUAGCGACAACGAAUCUGGAAAUGCUUGA